UGCUUUCCUCUUGAAAGCCUUUGGCACAGCCUCUCCGGCACCGUUUCGAGAAGCUGUUAGGGUUUGUCGAAGGGCUUCUUUAAAUUUUAAUUUGGGUUUUUCAAGCCCGGUCUGCUUUCCGGAGAGUGAACUCUUUAUUUGCUGGGAAGGGCUCCUUAAGAGUUUUUCCUCUGCCGCUUCCGUUUAUCUUGAACCCACUGAACCCAACCAUGGUGAUGUUCAAGAAGAUCAAGUCUUUUGAAGUGGUCUUCAACGACCCGGAAAAGGUGUACGGCAGCGGGGAGAAGGUGGCCGGCCGGGUGAUAGUGGAAGUGUGUGAAGUUACUCGAAUCAAAGCCGUCAGGAUCCUGGCUUGCGGAGUGGCCAAGGUCCUGUGGAUGCAAGGGUCUCAGCAAUGCAAACAGACCUUGGACUACCUACGUUAUGAAGACACGCUUCUCCUAGAAGACCAGCCAACAGGUGAGAAUGAGAUGGUGAUCAUGAGACCUGGAAACAAAUACGAGUACAAGUUUGGCUUUGAACUUCCUCAAGGGCCUCUGGGAACAUCCUUCAAAGGAAAAUAUGGUUGUGUCGACUACUGGGUGAAGGCUUUCCUUGAUCGACCCAGCCAGCCAACUCAGGAGGCAAAGAAAAACUUUGAAGUGAUGGAUCUAGUGGACGUCAAUACCCCUGAUUUAAUGGCACCAGUAUCAGCUAAAAAGGAGAAGAAAGUUUCCUGCAUGUUUAUCCCUGAUGGGCGCGUGUCCGUCUCUGCUCGAAUUGACAGAAAAGGAUUCUGCGAAGGUGAUGACAUUUCCAUCCAUGCCGACUUUGAGAACACAUGUUCCCGGAUUGUGGUCCCCAAAGCAGCUAUUGUAGCCCGACACACCUACCUUGCCAAUGGCCAGACCAAAGUGUUAACUCAGAAGCUGUCCUCAGUCAGAGGGAAUCACAUCAUCUCGGGGACCUGCGCAUCAUGGCGCGGCAAGAGCCUCAGGGUGCAGAAGAUCAGACCAUCCAUCCUGGGCUGCAACAUCCUGCGUGUGGAGUAUUCCUUGCUGAUCUAUGUUAGUGUCCCUGGCUCCAAGAAAGUAAUCCUUGACCUACCCCUGGUGAUUGGCAGCAGGUCAGGUCUGAGCAGCAGGACAUCCAGCAUGGCCAGCCGAACAAGCUCUGAAAUGAGCUGGAUAGAUCUAAAUAUCCCGGAUACCCCAGAAGCUCCUCCUUGCUAUAUGGACAUCAUUCCUGAAGACCACCGAUUAGAGAGCCCCACCACUCCCCUGCUGGAUGACAUGGACGGUUCUCAGGACAGCCCCAUCUUCAUGUAUGCCCCCGAGUUCCAGUUCAUGCCCCCACCCACGUACACUGAGGUGGAUCCCUGCACGGUUAACAACAACAACGUGCAGUGAGCUCGUGGGAGAAGAGAUGCAUCUGUACUCACUCAUUUCUUUCUCCUCUCUGCUUGGACGCCAGUGUUUCAGAGACUUAGUCUGGAAGUGGAGAACGGGCCCACCCCAGCCUCUGACCCACAUCUGGGUGGUGAUCAGCAGGCAGGUCCCCGGCUUCAAGUGGUGCAGAUACAGCCAGUACCUAAGCUGUGGUUUAGGAGUGUUUGCUGGAUGGAUAGAAGAAAAUACUCUAGAAAAAUUCAGACCCGGUCCACUUUCUCAGAUCUUGGAAAUGAAGACAUUGUCUGCAGUUUUUGAGUCAGUAUAAAUGACCUUCCGGCAUAGGCAUGGUCUUUCCAAGGUUGUUUUUUUUUUUUUUUUUCCUUUGAGGAGUUCUAGGUUAACAGCAGACCAUGAACUUCUGUGGCAUGGGGGACAGAAUCACUUUCACAUACUAGAAAAAGGAAAAUCAUGGCCAAAAUGUUGGAAGAGAUGUUGUUUUUAUUAUUUUUUAAUCAGUGUUCCCUUUUUGUAACCUUACAAAGGAAAAGGAAAAUCUUCCAAUCUUCUGAGGCUGAUGUGGUUUGGCUUGGGAGAUAGUGGGCACCCUGUAACUUACAGGGCAGCUGCUUAAGUGAACUUUAACCUGGCCUUAGAGCACUUGUGGCUGUGCCCACUCACAGCCAUAAAAGCCAUUACAGCCAGUUGCACUUAAUCAGAUGGGAGAAUCUGUUAUUUCCGUGUGACUCCUUGGAAGUGAUUCCAAGGUGAUGAUUUUUAGCACUUUAGUUCCUGUCAAUUUUGUUUUAAUCUCAAUUGCAGAUGUAAACUCUACUAGUAUGUCUUAAAGGUUAAGCCCAAUGACAGGGCAAAGGGGAAUUUUUGUGGUUUUGGGGUUUUUGUUUUUGAGAUAGGGGGUCUCUAUCUUUUGUUAGCCUAGAACUCUACAUAGAGCAGGCUGGCUUCAGAGAUCCCGCCUCUCUGCCUCCUGAGUGCUGAGAUUGAAAGUUCAGCUUGGUUAUUACUUUUGAGACUUUGUCCCAGUUUGCAGAAUUGUGUAAUUCUGAUUUGAAUAUGAAGGGUUGCCACCCUGUGUGUAAGCCUCUGCAUCGAGAUGCCCCAGGACUGAUCAGGGCCCUCGGGUGGAAUGGGAAUGGCAGGUUUUCAUGAAAGCCCCAAGCCUAUUUUCAGCCCAGUGUUAGGAGAAAGGACUCUUGACUGCUUUCACCGUGACCACUGGCGCCUGAUCAGUCAUUCUCAGCCUAGCACUUUGUCCGUUGUCCUGUGUCAGCACUGAGUUCCCCCUUUUCUGAGAACUAUGCAGCCAGAAAGCAUGUGAGCUGAUGGUGGUUUCAUUUUUGUUGUUUUUGUAUUUCAUGUAUCUUUUUGUAUGACAAAAAACUAUAUUUUGUACUUAUCCAAAUAUAUUUUCACCCCAAGGUGGGGAUAUCCUUUGUAAUAAAAAUAAAGUUUUUUAAUGGUUAAAAAAAAA